AUGGCCCCGAAACGCAUAGGCACCUUUGCGCAAGCAUGGUACAGGUGGAAGACCCUCCGCCUGCCAUGGCGGAAGCGCUUCCUGAUGGGCUAUGACCUCGAGGGCAACACAUACUGGGAGUUCCGCCUCACGCGCGGCACCGAAGGCGGCGAGCGCUGGCGACGCAUCGUCAACUACCCCCGAUCGACGCACUACUCCCAGGUCAAGGUCAACCCGCAGUGGCAUCAGUGGCUGCGGCACACCCGCCAGGAACCCCCGACCCUCGACGAACAACAAGACGACGUGGUGCGCCAGGCGCGGAUCAAGGUGCUGGCCGCCCAGGCCGAUGCGCGCUGGGAGUCCAAGCCGCGAGUAAUGGAGGCCCCUGAGGAGACCGCCCAGAGACUGGCCCCAGUCAAUGCCCCUGCGCCGACACAGAAUGCUGAACCCCCGCGGCCGGCAGCUGCUCGUCGUCCUAUACCGGUCAGAGAGGAAGUUGAAAAGGGCGAGGACCCGUGGGCAAAGGCAAAGGCAAACAAGGCUCAAGGCCCGAGCGAGAACUGGCAGCCUGCUGCUUGGACCCCGACACCGGCGAAGAAGCGAUGA